AUGGAGGUGAUCCAGGUGGCUUAUAUGUGGCGUGUGGCCCGUCGAGCUGUAGACCUUCCAGAUGUAGAUCCGCUGGCAGAGCCAAGUCCAGUGGUAACUGCACCUUCAAGUUCAGCAAGCUCGGGCAAGAAGGUGAAGGCUUCAAAUGUCCUAGACCAAAUGGACGACACGGAGAUUGUUGCCAUGACUCGUCAAGAGCUGAAUCAGGCCUAUCAGUUCCACAUCGAGGAGACAGGGGCAGAACCACCUCACGAUUGCGAUCCCACUGUCGAACAGAUUGCUGCCAUGAGGGACAGAACCAUAACCAGGCAAGAGGCACCCUAUGCAGACUUCAGCAUUUUGACCCCUUUUGGCAAGACCAUGCAGCGGCAACUCAAGACUCGAAGCUGGGUCUUUCAACAAGAUGGCUCGUUUCGAGCACUCGAUGUUCCGGGACCACCAUCUCUGGAAGCCUGGAAGAGUUGUUGGAAAGUGUACAGGAGCAUUUUGUUCAUGCUUCGCUAUCCUUCGACUGCAUCAGGGUUGGCUCCAAAGAAGGUUGUGACGUCGGCAUCGUUGGAGGAGUACUUCGAGCGCAUUGUGAAGCUUGCUGCAGAUUUUCCAGAGACUUGGCAUUUGAUCAUGCGUGCCGAAGACAAGUGUCGGUCGGAAAUGCUGGAACGUUACAGAAGACAAUUGACAAAGGCUGCAUUAGAGGGCCGGCUUCCCAUGAACCUCGACUUCGACCCGAAUCAACCAUGGAUAGGUGUCUUCACUUAUGCCGCCAGAAAUUCAGAGUUCUGGGACGAGCAAGUGGUGAAGCCAUCUACCAUUUUCAUUGCCAGAGGAGGCCGACACAUGACCAGCGAGAAGGCAGAGCGUGUUCACAUUCCAGAAGAAGCACAAGCUGCCUUGGACAAUGUGAAAGGGAUGAAGCCGGAGUUGGGAAAGUCACCGAAGCCGAAGAGCCCGAAGAAAGGCAAAGGUCCGAAGAGAGCUUUGGAGGAAACGUCAGAAUCGCCGCCUGCUGCCAAAACCAAGAAGAAGGACACCGAGCAUCCUCGCAAGUGGGGAAACCUUUUUGUGACCACGGCAGAUGGGGUGGAGAUUUGUUUCAAGAACGCCAAGGGCAAGCCUGGCACAUGUUUUGGCGGUUUGAGCAGAGAGAUUGCAGAGGUUUGUGGAGGAUUGGUUCAUGUUUUGGAACCUUUAGAUCAACAUGGGGGUUGGGAUAUCCUUACGGACGAUGGCUUUGCACAGGCGAAGGAACUUGUUUCGAAAGCAGAUCAUGCUCAUUUGGCAUUUCCAUGUCGAAGUUUUUCCACGGCACGAAGAUCAGAUCAACAUGGCGAUGUUCCUGUCAUUCGCAGUUCGGAGAAGCCGGAUGGAUGGGGUUCACCGCUUGCAGUGGAAGGAAAUUUGAUUUUGGAAAGAGCCAUCAUUUUAGCUUUCUUGCUUUUGGACAAAGGUUCAACAUUUUCGAUGGAAAACCCGGAGAACUCCUACGCUUGGUUGGUUUCUUUCAUCCAGCGAUUGAAGAGAGUCGUUGGAGUUAUCUUUUCGGGAUUGGAUCAAUGCCCCUUUGGUGCUCGCACUCAGAAGCCCACUGGAAUUUUGGGAAAUGCUGCAUGGAUGACAAGUAUCAACACUCGAUGUCAUCAAGUCAGACCUCAUGCUCAUAUGGAAGGUGGCCUUCAGGGCAAGACAUGGGAUCCCAUCACCAACACGUGGGUUUGGAAAACUUCCAAAGCUGCAGAGUAUCCUCAAGGACUAUGUCACGCUUGGGCUUUGGCUUUGAAGGGAUGGUUAACAUCCAAAGAGGGCUACCAAUUCAUGGCUUGCAGAACUCUGGUCAAGGUGAGCCCGUUUCAGAUGGUAAGACUGGACAUGGUUGGAUCACGACUGGACAAGGCAGUCACUCAAAUGGAACCCUUGGAUGCUUCGUCUUCAAGACAGCGGCUCAGCAAAAGGGCCGUUCGAGAGGAAGAAAACCUUCAGGCCAUAGGUGGCCUCCGUGACCCUCGCAGGGCAGUUGCACGUUCCCUGAAGUUGAGAAGGGUAGGGGAAAGAAUUAGAACAGUUCUAGAUCGGUGCUACUCAGUUCAAGACUUGCUUUCCUUUGAGAAGGCCGUUGGCAUGGGUGCAGAACUGGUUUACAGAUGUCGUCGCGAGAUGGCUGCCGAAUUCAACGUUUCUUGCACCUUUGUUUCUGUAGCUGACUAUCAGACUGACCUGUUGGAAAGUUUGCUGCAAGAGGCCGAGGACAAGGAUGCAAAGGUUUUGCCUGGAUGGCUCAGGCAUGGAGUUCCACUGGGGAUUUCUCAGCCCAUUGAGAACACAAACAUUUUCCCUGCUACAGACGAUGUUUCAGCUGCAAUCAAGGCGUCUCAGACAAUUGGUCAAUUGUUGGAAGACUGGUCGGGAAAGGCACUUAACUACAGAAGCUUUUAUGAGGCUGGUCAGAAGGCGCAAUCAGAGCUGGAUCGUUUGGUUACUGAUGGAAGAGCUGACUGUGUCGACACGUGGGAGCAAGUCGUUUCCAUGGUCGGUACAGAUGCCAAAUUGACGCAGUUAGCAUGCAUCAUCAAGAACAAGGAGGGAAAGGAAAAGGUCAGACUUGUGGUGGAUAUGAGACGCAGUGGGAUAAAUGGGACCAUGACACUUUUGGAAAGGGUAGUUCUCCCACGUAUUCCGGAUGUUGCUAAAUCUUGUGAUGAACUCCUCAAAACGUCAAAUCCGGAUGACCAGUUGGAGUUCUUUGUUUGUGAUUUCUCGGAUGCCUUCUACACUUUAAAGCUUCAUGAUUCGGAGAGAAAGUGGGUCGUUUGCAAAGGCUUGGACAGCCGCCUUGGACGGCAAUGCUUUGGUCGGCUCUUCAUGCAGCAAAGCUUCAAUCAGCUGCUGGGCCGAAGCGGGAUACCACUAGGGGGAGUGAAGAGAGCUCGUGAGGAGCUGGGGUUGAAUGGUGUGAGCAACAGUGCUCUUGGAACACCAUCCUCAGUUGAAACACCGGCUUUGUCUUCACAUGUCCCUUCUUUGGCAACUGGUACGAGUUUCAGCGCUGGCAACAAUGAGGCUCCGGCAUCCAGUAAUGACUGGAUAUUUGUGCCAGUAACUAGUUCUUUAGGACCCAAAUUUGCUGAGAAGGCCGAUCCUGUGAAUGCAUCUCAAGUUCUCAGAGUGGUUGACAUGGUAGGUGCUCAUUCUAGCUCAAGCCGUUUAGCUGGGGGUAGCUUUGCUGUCGAGCAUGCCGAAGCUGGAGUGGUGAUCGAGGCUGCCAGGAGGCACAGGCCAAAGGGCCCCUUGUUACCUGAUCCACGUAGGGCAUCAAAAGGGUCAGUGUCACAAGCUUUGCGCAUUGCUGGAAAUGAGAGGGAUGCCAAUAGGGCAUUGGAAGUUUUCAAUGACGCAAUGUAUGCUCCUCAGACCACUGCCACCAAGAACGCGUUGAGAAAUACUUGGUGUUUGAUCUCCAAUCAACUUGGCUUGGAGGCGUUUCCUUUGUCCACGGAAAAGAUUGUCAAAGCCGAAGAAAUCCCGGAAGAAUUACUUCAGGAUAUUUGGACUCAGGGAAAGUUCAUUGAAGGAAGGGCCAACUGGCCUGAGCUCAGACAUGAAGCUUGGGUGGUGGCAAUUUCUUUCCUUCUUCGUGAGACGGAAUUGGCAGGGUUGAGGCUCAGCCAAACCGAUACCCUGAUUGACAUUAGAAAGAAGCAGGUUUCCCUUCAUCUCCCGGUUUCCAAAGCAGAUCCGGUUGGUCGUGGCUGUAGGAGAACGCUGUCUUGCAUCUGUAACUCUCACAGAUGCUUCAAGUGUCCUUUCUGUGCAGUGAUGUCGCUGGUGAGAAACCAGGUCAUCCGAACUGGUGUGCAACAGACAGAGCCGAAAGCGGAGGAGAUCCCCUUGGUUGCCUCUAUUGGGUCACCGUGGGAAACCAUCAAGAAGGAGGCAGUCAUCGAAGCGCUGAAAGGCGAUGCUCAGUCGUUGGUGGAUGACCGUCCUCCUUUGAAGCAUCGAAUUUGUGUGGAAAGAGUCACUGGUCAUUCUUUCCGGCGCACAGGAGCCAAGAUGCUGGCUCGGUCGGGAAUUUCCAUUGACCUCAUCCAAUUUAUGGCUAGGCACAGUUCAAGUGCUAUUUUGGGCUACGUUGAAGAAGCUGCAGAGGAAUCACCGGCUAUCUCUACUCGCCUACAGGAUCACUUGGAUUUGAGAAGUUUGAUCAAUUCGGCAUUGAAGGAUUGCAACGACUUAAAGGAGUCAAUGGAGAAGGUCAAUGCUAGACUGAAUGAAGGCACAGUGGGAACUCCUAUCGCACUGACGCGUGAACAUGUCUAUGAAGCAUUCGACCGCUGGUCAAGACCUGAAGUGGUGUACAACAUCCACACCAGCAAGCUUCAUUCGACUUCUGGAAAUUGCUUUCGAAAUAGUCCGAAGGAUUGGACCACUUCAUGCGGAUGGAAAUGGAUCACAUCGGGCAGAGACGCACGGGCAGUCUUGGAGAGAAACGACUUGCCCUCUGAUUUCACCAUUUGUGCAAAGUGCCAUCCAAAGAUUCCACAGUGGGUCUUCGGAAACAACAUCAGAUAUGCAACGAGCUGGACCUUGGUGGCACUCAGGCCAGAUGGCCUUUGGAGUGUGGCACACCUAGUAAGGUCAUAUAAUAUACCCUUAAUAGUGGGUUGCGGUUUUGUUGUAUAUUUGUGUUUGUUUUUGCACAGGUGA